CUGCAGAGUAGUGCGCAGGGCUGGAGCUGGCAGCAUGAUGGCAGCAGCCGGGACACAAUAGGCACUGCGGGAGAGCUGAGCGUCUCAGCGCAGGGCGCACCGACCCCGCACACUUUUCCCUCACCUCUCACAGCCAUGGAUGGGACGUGCCUGGGAAAAACCACCAUAAACAACUGCACCAACCAGCAGUACUGGGACAGCCUCCUGUGCGUGUGCAUCCCCUGCAGCCUCAUGUGCGGGCACUCGGCUGUAUGGAGGUGCAUGGCGCUGUGCGAGUCUGCAGCCUGUAACAGGAGAGCUGGCUUCUACUACGACGAGCUGGUGAAAAAAUGCAUCAACUGCAGCACAGUUUGUGGGCAGCACCCCAAGCAGUGCGAUGCAGCAUGCGGAGGAUCUCUGCUCGCCAGCCACUCCCCGCCAGCUGCCCUGAUCUCAGCAUCACCUCCUGCAGCUGCACUGGAGCAGAAGCUCUGUGUGGAACAGGAGCCAUGGCUGGUGGUGUACCUACUGCUGGGGCUCUGCCUCUGCGCCCUCAUCUGCUCCCUGGUGCUGGGCUGGACACACCUGCGGAGGAAGGGGGAGGUGGGCUCCUGCCAGGCCAGCACAGGGACCUGCCACUGCCGGGAGGACCCCGCCAAAGAUCACCUGGUGGAAGCAGGCAGCGUCGGUGAGGGAUCCACGGGCAGCAAAGUCUCAGAGCCGGUGGAAACCUGCGGCUUCUGCUUCCCCGGCCACGGCUCUGCUGUGCAGGAGACCAAAGCUUGCCACAGCCUCUCCUGCCAUGCAGGGGAACGAGCUGCUGCCUCUCACGCUGGGAUAUGCAGCACAGGCAGUGCCGGGGCGAUCCCCAGCCCCAACGAUGGCCACUUCAAAAUCAUCUGUUCCCCUUCACAAGAGAAGACGCCCAUGGUGUGACUGCGGGGAGCGCUCCUGAACGGGGCCGGAAAGGAGGGCUGCUCCCCGUGCUGCUGGACCACAGCUGCUUCACCCUCUGCUUCCAGCACCCAUUUCCACCAGGAUGGGCGGACAAAGCACAGCCUCUGCACAAGGGCUGUAGGCCACAGACUGUUCUCUUCCACUCACCCGAAUUCCCGGUUAGCAGUGACUCCAUCCUUCUGCCCGACCUCUGUGGGCACCUCUGUGCAUCCCGGUCAGGGGCUGCUCAUCCCAGCUCCUCCAUCAGCACCACUUUGCCUCCGCCGAAGGAAUCGAUGCGCAGCCGUUGCCGCUGCCACACUCUCAUCUUCUACCUUUAACUGAGCUUUUGUUCACAUGCAAGAACAGAGGAGCUGUGCUGGGCACUGGCAUCACUGCUGGAAUGGGGUUCUGAUAUGAAAAGCCAUCCCAGGCUGAGAAGUUUCUGAAGUGCUCUGAGUUUUGGUCUGCUGCUGGUGGGGCUGCCUGACAGAGCUGGGAAUGGUGAUGCUCGAAAGCUGCUAUGGAAAACGGCGGGUUCAGUGCAUGUAACUGAGUUCUCACUAAAGGGGGGUGUGGGGCUUUUGCUUGGUGAGGAACGACUCUCAAGAGGAGAUUCAAGGCCUUGAGUUUCUUAGACCAGAACUUGAGACUUGAAAGAAUACAUGGGAGUGUCAUCAGAUGCACGAAUUGGUGAUGGGAAAAUAAACAGCUGGAGAAACCAUGAGCAGAUACAGUCCCGUGCCCUGCUAUGCAUUUCUUUCAUGUCUCAGCACUAAGGCAGGCAGGCAGCACCAGGGUGAGCACAGCACAGCUGCUGCUGCGAUGCACCCACAGAGCACACGAGCACCAGGGCCACGAGGAACCCAUGGUAAGUGGAAUGAGCAAUGGGAGGCUGAAGGUGCACUGACAGCCUCUCUUUGCCUCAUGGCUGGUAAGCAGGGCAAAGCUUGAGUCCAUCUCCGGCAACCAACGUGGCAAUUCUCAGCUUCCUCCUUUUUGGGGGUGGGAUGAGAUCUGUGUGGUGCUGCAUCUACAGCCUGGUCCUCCCACCCUGACAGACGUGGUACUUCCACAGCCCCAAACCCACCACAGCCUCCCACCAACACCUGCAGCCUCUGCUCUCGCUCAGCCUCAGCUCUGCCUCUACUCUUAUUCAUCCUCAGUUCUUCCUUGGUUCCCCCCCCACCAAAUCCUUCAGCCUUUUCUGUUCAAACUAAAGCCUUCCUCAGCCCCCAGCUCCCUUCCAACCUUGCACAGCACUUCUGCCUGUGUUAGCACUCAGCCUCAGCUCUUGCUCUGCCUCCGUCAGCCCCUCACAUCCUUUCCAUUGACCCAAAGCUCCUCAUCCCCACUCGUGGUGAGCUCCUCACUCCCCCCAUUGGGCACUGCUCAGAUUCUGCACCACUUCAGCUUCCUCUCCUUUGAUCCUCAGCUGGUGCUCGGCUCCCAGCCUCCUUUCCCAACCCUCCUCCAGCCCCAGCUCAAUGGAUGAGGGCAGCAGCCCCUGAGCCAAAAUCUGUGCCCCAGGAAGCAGGGAACGCACACACCCACAGCCAGCUCCUUCCUUCCAACCCUGAUAAGCAGGAGGGGAACAUUCCUCACCAUCAGACGUGGCCUCCCCACCUGGAAAUAUAAAUAGAGUUAUCAGCAAAGGUAACAGGGAGCAAACUGGUCUAAUCUGCAGUAAGAAUAUAUGCAGGCUCCUAGAUAGAGCAGUUGGAUGCUGGAGAACUGGGAGAAACCAAUGGAUUUCCACCACACUGGCAGCAUUCCUGUAUCAGCAAGGCACUGUAAGUGGGGCCAGCAGUCAAACCCUGGCACCACAUGGGAAUUACAGACACUGACUCUGAGCCAGAGCAUCCCAUGGGGGUUGAAGCAGCUCCUCACAAUGCUGCUUUUGCUCCAGUUUUCAUUAGGUACCAGCAGCACGGAAAGCUGCCCCUCUAGCAACGAGAUCCCACUGACAGCCAUGUUCCAGCUGGCUUUGUGCUGCACGGAGCCAUCGCUGUGUGUGAGCAGGAGAUACGUCAGCAUUAGCAGCAACCUCAGCUUUCAGUCAUCUCUUCUGCUGCUUCUCUGUAACACAGCGAGCUUUCUGUGCUGAUACAAAACCUCAUCACCUCAGCACAAAGCACUCAGCCCCAAUGCCCCAGCAGGGCCAAUGGCUGCAGCAGUGGGCAGCACUUAGGGGGCAACGCGGGAUCAGCCCAGCAGCACUGUGCUGCAUGGCCAGCGUGCUCCUAAAGGUGAUGUUCAGAGCUCUGCAGAGAAGCCUCCCCAUUCUGUAGUGAAUGAGCCCUGUGGCUGCUCCUCAGUGUUUGAGGCAAAGGCUGUGUAUGGGAGAACCAUAAGGAGGGGUUGUGCUGCUUGUACAGCAGCAGCCAUUCUUCCAUUUUUAUCGAGGAGGAAAAUGCUCUCUGCUUCCCCAACAACCUGUGCUGAUUUACUGCUGGAAGCAGAAGGGUACAACCCAAAGAGGGACUUGGGGAGAGAGAGCAGCAUCUCAUACAGAGGAGUUGUGCUCCUGAAACCAAAACAGAGUCCUGAAACUUCCUUCACUCCCCAUCUCCCACUGAAAGCCACCUGCAGAGCUCCAAACAGCUGAGAGAGGUUGGGGGGGUGGGGGUGAAAAAUGAGGCUGAUUUAGUUGGCCUUAUCCCUAUGCAGUCUGUUUCUAAAGGGUGGAUGGAGAGCCCCAGCACAACAGAGAAAGCAGCACUGGAGCUCAGCCGCGCGGUGGCACUGCUCCUCCGGCAGCGGGAGCAGGCGGGGAUGCGGCUGCAGCCAUGGGAAUAAUGAAGGGCUGCUCCUCGGCUCCCUCUGCAAGCUUGCUGCAUUAUUAAACGGCAGCAGAAAACGUCGCCGAGCAUCUGCACGGUGCUGUGCCCAGCUCAGGGAGGGAGGGAGGGAGGCCCCCCCCCGUCCUGCGGGUUGCACCAUUCAUCUGCAUUUCUCCAGCCAUUUUUCAUCGGUGACAAGAGCACCCGGGUUACAUCUUAUUACAACCCGGCGUUAUUUCCAGCAUGCCGAUAGGGGAGACGGGUUACGAAACCAGCACACGCCAUCGCUGCCGUAGCGAUCAGUGCUCCCACACGGGCUGCUCGCUGUGCUGCUAUUCAGGGAGCUUCAAUCAGCGGCUGCUUCUCCCUUCCCUCCUGCAAGCUGUCGCAGCAAUCUCGCGCUGUACCGAAGCACCUCGUGCUCUCUGGUCUGCGUGCAGUUCAGUUGCAGUUCCAGCAUCCUUUUGUGUGGCUUCUCUCUCUGGUCAGAUGCUCAUCGAAAAAAACAAAGUGGGCUUCACUGAUCCUCCUCCGAUGCCUGCUGCUCUGCUGCCCGCCUCGCACCCCUCACGCAGGUCAGACCCCCAAAGCCAUUUCUGGAGCACCACAUCUAAAAGAUGAAACACAUCCACGUUUGUAGCUGCUGCAUUUAAGUCCAGCAUUGGCUGCUUGGAUACACGCACAGGGCUCAGGCUCGUUUCAGCAGGGCCCUUACACCGACGGAUGCGAUGCCUAACCCUCAAUACAGCUCUCUGCAGGCUCCGUAAGGAAGAAAGAGCAAUGCUAUUUUUGCUCUUUUUAGCUCUGUGUUCUGAAUGGUUUCUCUCAUGGGCUGCAAUUCAAUCCGCAGCCUGGCCUCCUGGGAGCAAGACACAGCACACCAGCAGUCACUGCUGCUAUCCAGACGGGCCACCGAGCUGCUUUAAAUGGGAGAGAAAAGGGAACAAAACUGCGCUUGUGACAAAGCAAAAGCAAGCUGGUGCACCAGCUGCUAUGAGCUAAGGGCACAGACAGGGAGGCUGCAAAGAGAAGAGCACGCGAGGAGUUAAUACAUGUGGGAGGGUACAAGGAACCAAUACCAGCCUAGCACAUACCAGGAAAACGUGUUGUUUACUUAAAAACCCAGUGCACUGCAGAAGUGCUCAAUAGCAGCAGAUCUAUCGCUCACUGCUGCCCCCAGCAGCAACCAUUGCCAACAGAUGGUACAUUUGUCAAUACCGAGCUUCUUUCAAGUAUCACACAGAUACACGCCUUUGGAAAGCAACAGGGAGAAAAAAAAAGCCAAAACCAAACCAAAAACGCAUCAACCAAAAGCAGCAAUAACAGAACAAGUGACUUUGAGAAAUUCAAGCGUCCACAACAUUGAGAAAAAAAAAAGAACCC